AUGGGCUCAUUUGGGCCAGGUAUUGGGGAAGAAGAGGAUGAACUCAAUGUAGGAGAUAUUUCUGUGAAAAAGGCACUAAAAUAUGUAUUGAGUGACCUUUCAAACAAACUUUCAUCAAAUGCCCUCGUGUUCAAGAUCUGCCACAGUUCAGUGUACAUAUGGCCUAAUAGCAACAUGAACACAGUUCCAGCAGAGUUAACUGACAGUUCUGCUUGUAAGGAAAUAUUGCGCUUUAUUCAGUUUGACCAAGAAGAGGAUACAAAGUGGAAAUUCACCAAAAAGAAAGAUAAAAAGUUACAAGGACAGCUUCAGAUAAUAAAUAUAGAUCUCAUGCUAGAAAUGUCAACAUCUCUAGCCGCUGUAGCUCCCAUCAUUGAAAGAGAAAGUGGAGGUCACCACUAUGUUAACAUGACUUUGCCAGUAGAUGCUGUUAUAUCUGCUGAUCCAGAAGAAUCAUGGGAAGUAGUUCGAAUUCGGUUAGUAAAUUCAGUUCACAAUCAACUAACGGAUAUGGAGAAAUGCAUUUUGAAAUACAUGAAAGGAACAUCAAUAGUGGUGCCCGAACCACUUCACUUUUUGUUACCAGGAGAAAAAAGUCUCGUAACAAUUUCAUAUCCAUCAGGAGUUCCAGAUGGUCAGCUACAAUCUUAUAGAAAGGAAUUGCAUGACUUGUACCACCUACCUCAUGAUAAGCCUUACUUCAAAAGAGCUAAUGCCUAUCACUUUCCAGACGAACCAUAUAAAGAUGGGUAUAUCAGGAAUCCACAUGCACAUCUAAAUCCUCUGGGCUCAGAGUCUGGUAUGAUUUACAUAGUCCAUGGCAUAUACGGUUAUCAUCAUUACAUGCAGGAUCGGAUAGAUGAUAGUGGCUGGGGCUGUGCUUAUCGGUCUCUACAAACUAUCUGUUCUUGGUUCAGACACCAGGGAUACACCGACAGGUCCAUUCCAACACACCAGGAGAUUCAGCAGGCUCUUGUUGAUGUGGGAGACAAACCAGCAACAUUUGUAGGGUCACGCCAGUGGAUUGGUUCUAUUGAGGUACAGCUAGUUCUGAACCAUUUGAUGGGGAUAACUUCAAAAAUAUUAUUUGUCAGCCAAGGUUCUGAAUUAGCUUCUCAAGGAAGGGAACUUGCUAAUCACUUCCAGAACGAAGGAACACCAGUAAUGAUUGGUGGAGGAGUCUUGGCUCAUACAAUACUAGGAGUGGCAUGGAAUGAGAUAACAGGGCAGAUAAAAUACCUUAUUCUAGAUCCACAUUACCCAGGACCAGAAGACCUGCCAGUCAUUUUGGAAAAGGGUUGGUGUGGAUGGAAGGGUCCAGAAUUUUGGAAAAAGGAUGCCUACUAUAAUCUCUGCCUUCCUCAGCGACCCAAGACUAUUUGA